AUGUUUGAAGAGUGCAUAUCUUCUUUUCAAGCCCGGUUGGAAAGUUCUAAACCUAAUAUCACUUCUCUCACCAAUGAUUUUAUCAUGUUCAAAGAGACUAUGAAGACUGCGCUGGAGAUCUUAAAAAAGCAAGUUCAGUCCCUUCCACUAUUGACUGACGACAUUGACAACAGGAGCAAUCGUAAAUUUCUUUUAAUCCGAGGCAUUGAAGAGUCUGAUACAGAAAACUGCAUUGACACUGUAGUAAAUCUGGUGACAUCAAAAUUAAAAAUACAUACAUUUAGAUCAACUCAGAUUCAUUCAUGUUAUCGGUUGGGAAAAAACACAACAGCAAAUCCUCAUGCACUGCCGAUAAAGUUUACAGAUUAUACCAUUCGUCAGGAAAUCUGGCAUGCUAAGCUUUCUUUGAAAGAAAGUAAUAUUUCUCUUGCUGAAUUUCUUACUCCUCAUAGAAGAGAAGUUUCAAGGAAGCUCGACGCCUACAUGGUAUGCACAUGUGUUGGACACAAGAUGGUAACAUAUUAUAUCUAA